CGGAGGAGGAGCUGUGUGCCGAGGGCACGGAGCGGCCUCGGCCAUGGCGUACGCCUAUCUCUUCAAGUACAUCGUCAUCGGCGACACAGGUGUUGGGAAAUCAUGUUUAUUGCUACAGUUUACAGACAAGAGGUUUCAGCCAGUGAAUGACCUUACUAUUGGUGUAGAAUUUGGUGCUCGAAUGAUAACUAUUGAUGGAAAACAGAUAAAGCUUCAGAUAUGGGAUACAGCAGGGCAGGAGUCCUUCCGUUCGAUCACAAGGUCAUAUUACAGAAGUGCAGCAGGGGUUACAAGGAGAGAUACAUUCAACCACUUGACAACUUGGUUAGAAGAUGCUCGCCAGCAUUCCAAUUCCAACAUGGUCAUUAUGCUUAUUGGGAAUAAAAGUGAUUUAGAGUCUAGAAGAGAAGUUAAAAAAGAAGGUGAAGCUUUUGCCAGAGAACAUGGACUUAUCUUUAUGGAAACUUCUGCUAAGACUGCUUCCAAUGUAGAAGAGGUAUUUAUUAAUACAGCGAAAGAAAUUUAUGAAAAAAUCCAAGAAGGAGUUUUUGACAUUAAUAAUGAGGCAAAUGGCAUUAAAAUCGGCCCUCAGCAUGCCGCUACUAAUGCAACACACACUGGCAGUCAGGGAGGACAACAAGCUGGUGGAGGCUGCUGUUGAGCCUAUUUUUACUUUCUAGCUGCCUGAAUGGGGCCUACUAACUUGUUCUUUCACCCUCUCUCCCACUGCUCAGCUGAGACAUGAAACUAUUGUGAAAUGGCUUUUAUGUCACAGAAG